AUGAAAGAUCUUGGUGAGGCCAUAUAUGUUCUGGGUAUUCAGAUUCACCGUAACAGGUCUCGAGACAGAUUGGGUGAGAAACUCUCUAAAGCUCAGUGUCCUCAGGAUGACAAGGAAAGGACUAAAACUAAAAAGAUUCCAUAUAGUUCUGCAGUUGGGAGCUUGAUGUAUGCUCAAGUAUGCACUCGUCCUGAUAUAGCAUUUGCUAUUAGUGUUCUUGGUAGAUACUUGAGUAAUCCUGGAUGGGGUCACUGGAAAAUUGCAAAGAAAGUUAUGAGAUAUUUGCAGGGUACUAAGAAUUAUAUGUUGACUUACAAAAGAUCUAGCAAUCUGGAAGUCAUUGGGUACUCUGAUUCUGACUUUGCAGGCUGUGUAGAUGAUAGAAAAUCUACUUCUGGUUACAUAUUCAUGAUGUCUGGAGGAGCUGUUUCUUGGAAAAGUGCCAAACAGACACUUAUCGCUACCUCCACUAUGGAAGCAGAGUAUGUUGCUUGUUAUGAGGCCACUUGUCAAGCAGUUUGGUUAAAGAAAUUGAUUUCUGGUAUACUUGUUGUUGAGAGCAUCUCAAGGCCCUUGACCAUUUAUUGCGACAAUGCUCCUACUAUUUGCUUCUCUCAAAAUUACAGGAAUUUUAGUCGAACUAAGCAUUUUGAUUUCAAAUUCCUGUUUGUUCGAGAGAAUAUUCAUGAAUCACAUACUCGAAUUGAACAUAUUACUACGGACCGAAUGAUUACGGAUCCGUUAACCAAAGCUUUGCCCAUUACUAUUUUUUAG